CAAAUGUCAAAUGGUUGUUUACGAAAACUUUUAGAAAAACAAAACAGAAGCAGUAGAAAUCUUUGUUGUCCUCGAAAAUUGGUUUAGAUCACACGGAUUACAUUUGAAAGGAUUUUUCAAACACUUCAGACACAAUGGCGUACUACAAGGGUGCCGCCUCCGAAGGGGGCCGUGCCGCCCAGCUAAUGAAGCGACGCGAACUUGCCCAACAGGAGGUGGAAUUUCGCAAGAAGAAAAUUGAGGAGGACCUGAAAGUAAGCAACAUCGAGAACAAAUUCGCCGCCCAUUACGAUGCGGUGGAGCAGCAGCUCAAAAGUUCCACCAUCGGGUUGGUUACCCUGGAUGAGAUGAAAGCGAAGCAGGAGGACAUUGUCCGAGAGCGUGAGAAAAAGCUUGCCCAAAAGAAAGAGGAAAAGGACAAGGAAAAGCUGAAAGCGCUCGAAGCUAAGCUGGCGGAAAAAGACCGCCAGAAGCGACAGAUACAGGCACUAUCAUUCGAUCCGGAGGACGAACCAGAUGAGGAGGAGGGUUCUGAACAGGAAUCCGAACCGGAGGAUAAAAAGGAAGAGCUAAUCGUUAAGCGUUCCUGGAAGGACGAGGUACCGAGUGGGGUAAAGAAGAUUCGCAAAAACCCGGACGUGGAUACGUCGUUUCUGCCGGACCGGGAGCGUGAGGAGCGUGACAACAGAUUGCGCGAGGAACUGAGACAGGAAUGGGCCAUGAAGCAGGCCACAUUGAAGGACCAGGAAAUUACCAUUACGUUCAGCUACUGGGAUGGUUCUGGGCACCGAAAGUCGGUCGCUAUGAAGAAAGGCAAUUCCAUUUAUCAAUUCCUGCAAAAGUGUCUCGAAAUGCUGCGCAAGGACUUCAGCGAAUUAAAAACGGUAAUGGCCGAUCAGUUAAUGUAUGUGAAAGAGGAUUUGAUAUUACCGCACCAUUACACAUUCUACGACUUCAUAGUGACGAAAGCUCGUGGCAAAAGUGGACCGUUGUUCAAUUUCGAUGUGUUCGAUGAUAUUCGUAUGAUCAGCGAUGCCACGGUUGAAAAGGAAGAUUCUCAUGCGGGUAAAGUGUUGCUCCGUUCCUGGUACGAGCGUAAUAAGCACAUCUUCCCGGCAUCGCGUUGGGAACCGUACGAUCCAACCAAGGUUUACGAUAAGUACACGAUUAAGGACAAAAGCAAGAAGUAAUAGCAGAACAUUUAGCCGUAAAUGGACCCCAAGUGAAAAGGAUUUGGAUUCACUUCGACUUCAAACGACAAAACAUCCGAAUCCAGGCGUUGGAGAGUUUCGUGUUUAUUGUAUGCACGUUCCAAAAAUACAAAAUUAAGCGACAACCUCA